AAUAGAAGACACAGAAGAAGAAGAAGAAGAAGCUGCUAAGUCCUCCGGCUGCGUCCUACCAUAUCUCCCCGGUGGCUGACAGAUUCUUUUCACAACACAAUUCUUCACGCUACCCAUAAAUAACAAACCCCUUCACAAAACUCAAAAGGAGGGAAUAAAAAAUAAAAGCGAAAUAAUACAAAAAUAAGGAAAGGAGCUGAAAGAAGAAAUCCCCAAAGCAGCCAAAUUCCGCAAGCCAAGAUCCCCACCACCCUUAUCACUGCCCACCAGUCACCGAACCCUCUCCAAACUCCGAAGAAAUAAUGGAUGGUAUGAAAGUGGAGUCGAACCAAGAUGUUGCACCUGUUCCUCCUCCAUCACACACACUGCCUGAAGAUGUUGCAGAAAGGAAAGCUAGGGUAGAUGCUGUCUGGCAGCAGAUGAAUAAAGGACUGUCUGGGAAGGCUCUCAAAUCCACCUUAAAAAACCAGAGUUCAAGUAUUAACAAAAUUUCUCCAAAGCCUUCUUCACAGAAUUGGAUGAAAGUCCUUGGAUUGGCUCCAAAGAAGACAUCAUCAGCUGCGGAAGGUGCACCAGGGAAGCGUCCCAUUGUAGCUCAAAAUGGUAGUAGUGACGAUGCAAAAAAGCUUGCUGCUGCCGCUCUCUCAGCAGUUAAAGAUGCUGCAGCUGCAGCAGCCUUGGGCCGAGGGAAAAUGGAGGUUACUGAAUUUCGAGACUUUGCUGGUGAAGAGAUUGAAUUCAAGAAACUCGUUGAUACCAGCUCAAAAGAAGCAUUUGAUAAAGGCAAAGCCUCAACUGGCCCUGCUUCUGCUGUUGAUGCUGUUCUUGAACAAAUAAAAAAGAAGCAAAAGCUCAGUGUGCUUGACAAGACAAAGAAAGAUUGGGGAGAGUUCAAGGAAGAAAAUAAAGGAUUGGAAGAAGAGCUUGAAACGUACAAAAAGAGUUCGAAUCAGUAUUUGGAUAAGGUAUCUUUCUUGCAACGUACUGAUUACCGGGAAUUUGAGCGGGAGAGAGAUGCUCGACUUGCCACGCAGGCCAAGAGGAAGGCAGAUAUGCGAGAGGACUUUUGAUAGCCUGAAAUUCCUUCGGAGUGGGUGGACCCAAAGGUCAGAUUGAAAUCAGAGUUGAGGAUGCAGGAAAAGGCUAUUUAUUUCCUGCUUAUAAGAGCCGACACCGAGACGGCCUUCGAUGAUUAUUACACUAUCAGAGUUCUGUGUUUUUCUGGGAAGUGAUGGACCCUGUGUACCAUGCCAUUGUAUACAAGGCAAAUAGGUUUCUUGUCUUUGAUCCACUGAACCUUAAUUUACUGAUAAGUGUGUUAUGGAUCAAAGAACCUAGGCCUGGUUUAGUUUUCCAAAUUUGGCCUUGCUCCUUAUGAUGUAUCAUGUCCUGCCAGUUUAGGCCUGUUGUAGUGUAAGCGAAACAAUAAUAUUUGUUUCCCAUAAAGACAGAAGCCAAGUUUUAAUAAUGAUGGGUUCAGGAUACCUUGCAACAUCUUCUUUUUUUUU